GCAGGAACAGGGGCUAGGGGCUGGAGGACCCGGAAGGCCGGGAGGUGGGGGGCCUGUGAGAAGAGGGAGAAAGGAAAGUCUAGUUGAUCCCCAGGACCACUCGUAGCUUGGGAAAAGGGACUGAGCCGCUCCCGGGGUCGGAGUUGGGGGCAGGUGACAGUGCAGGGGGGCGUUGCUGAGUAAUCCCGAGCUGCUGCCAGAGCCGGGCAGAGAGGCGCAGGGCUCCGUGGGGAGCGGGUGUGGCUCAGUGCGCAUGCGCCACAGCCGACUCGCUCUAAGAGCUGGGGGUGAGGUGAGAGGACCUGGGUCGGAGGUAGUUGGAACUGUGUGUGACAUCUCACUUUCUAGGUCCGUAAUGCUAACAGUGCCCCUGUCGUAGAGAUGCCAGCAUUCUAGUCUCCUAAGAAAGCUUCUUUUCCUUGUGUUCAGCUCGCUUGAUGUCAUCCAAACCUUAUCUACCUAUUUGUCCCUGGGCAGUCUACUGGGGAAGAAGUGGCCUGGGGACGAUGCCAAAUUGCUAUCUAGUGUGCCUUUGAGCUUAUAGCCCUAGAGCUGUCGUUGUGAGGAGUGAAAGGUUAGAUGUGAGACUCCACAUUGGACCCUCAAUCCUAUAUGAGUUGCAUAUAGGAUAUAAAUGUGGGCAUGAAUGUAGGAAUAGCGUUUCAGUGGCAUGACAGCUGUGGCAUUUGGAGUCGGCAUGAAUGUAGCUGAUAACUUGUUAGCUCUGCAAAAUAAAUCCAGUGCGUCAGAGGGCUUCCCCGCUACGAUGCACCCACCACCACCACCAACGCCAAGUAUUGGGUUGUAUUGGAAACACACUCAAACAUUCAAUCAUUUCUCAUCCGUGUUGAAUUUUACAUAAAGAUAGCCGCGCCCAAUUCUUCAGUGCAGUAUUUCCAAUUAUUGUGCCAGCAUUCAACAGUGAGUUGAGUAGCCCUUACCAGUGUGUCGCCACAAGAUGGGCUUUCCCCACAGGUCCAACCAUGUCUCCUCCCCUGUACAGACUUCCAACAGUGCCACUCUCAUCCAGUGCCUAGCCCUCCCCAGUUGCUCUUCCCUUAUCGAGCUUUGCAGUACACAUCCCUUUCAAGACUUGCCUCCGAGCAAUCUGCACUACUGAUUUUGAGCAUCAUUCCACUCCAUGGCAACUGAACUGAUGCCAAUUUGCUUUUCUGCCUCUCUUCUCUCCAUCAUCAUACUAAAAUGUACUAUUUUCAAAGGUUCAACUUCUUUUUCUUCAUUGUGCUGCCUCCUCCCCCACCUCCACCCCCACCUCUAAGCAUUCCCAACUAAAUACAAUAAUUUGAAUAAGGCUUUGUGGGCGCAGGCAGAUUCAGAAGGUUUCAAGUGUGUUAAAGAACAAAGAGCUGGGGAGUAUUGGUUAUGGAAAUUCCUAAUUCACCUUAUUGUCCAAGACUGAGACCCUGAUGGGGAAAAAAAAAAGUUAGUAAACUAUCCUUAGAGCAUGCUCAUUAAUGAGUUUGUGGGGGUAGGAAAGCGGAAUUGCGUCUCUCGAAUAUUUGACUCAGUUAGAGUCAGAUCUUUCUCUGAAUGGGAUCAAAAUCAGAAUAAGCGUUUUGGUCCAAAUGCUCGCCCGAUAGAGGACCCAUAAGGGAUGCAUACGGCAUUUGACUUUCCUAUUUAUGUAUUUAGUGUUAUCAAAGAAUUCAUUUGCCUGCUUAAUGUUACCUUGUUUAAAGGCUUGGAUUAAAUCCAGCAUAUUCUGGGGGAGGAAAAAAUGAUUUCAUUUGCUUUUAUACUGUGCUAGUUCUUUUUAAGUAUGUACUAAAGGACAUCACAUUCAUUUUCAAACAAUGGUGAGUGAUUGUGGAGAGGCCAGCACCCACCGACAACAUCAACUGGAUGUCAUUAUUCUGCUCUUGUUUUUGGUAGGAAUGGGGCAAUGUAUAUACUUACUUUUAAAAUGUGAGAGUAGGGGGAGGAAAACUCGAGCAUUUCCCUUGACUUUCAACAGGUAGAAUUCCCAUUAUGCCCCAUCCAGAAAAUGAUCGAGUCAAGUUCAUAACUUCUGCUCUUUAGUUACCUUAUAAAUAAUAGUAUUUUGACAUCUUACAGAACUAUGGAUCUAUUGUACCUUGGCAUCAAUUCAGAGGCAUUAAUUCUGGGCACCUACCUAAUCGGUUAAUUUGUAAACCAGUAUUUAUUAUCUCCAUGGAGGAUCCUGGUGCUGCACACUGAAGGGGCUUCGAAGAUGUACACAAACAGUGAGCUUACUAUGUAGGAAUUUAAAAUCGAUCAUGUAAGAAAGACAGGAAAAGUUUGUUAACAAAAUAAGGCAGUAUAAUGACAUUAUUUCAACUGUAAACAAUGAGAUCUUGAGCUUGCAUGUUAAUUUGUAAACUCCCUGAGGGCAAGACCUUGCCUUAAACAUUUAUUAAUUCCCAACAGUAUCUACACCUAGUGGAUGUUUGGGUGAUGAAGCUUUGCAAAGUACAUUGGAUGGGGAGAAACCAGAAGCAGGGAGAGGAGAACUUUCACAAAAGUUUAGAUGUGAGAAAGUGUGGGCCAAAAUGAGGAUGGUAGCACAGGAAUAGAAAAUGAUACUUCAAGAGAAAAUCAGCAGGAUUGAAUGAAGGCAAGGAGACAAAUCUAAACUGUAUUCAUUUUUACUUCUAGAAAAUAAAUGGGAGUUGGAGACAGCAGAGGAGAGUGGAGGGUUUCCUUAGUAAGGACACAACACACAAUAGGCACUGUAGUGUUUUCUCAAGUAUCAGUAGCAAGAUUGGACCAGAAGACCCUGAAGGUCCCUUCAACGCUGAGAUUCUGUGCCAUAUGCAGAUGUUCAAGCUUGUUGAGGAACAAGACAUUCUCAAAUAUAGAAGAAAGAGAAAAGAAUUCUUAUACUUUCACUAGCAGGCCCUUUCUGAGAAGGGUUAAUACUGAGCCGCAAGGCCCUCACCAGUGCAUGAAAGGAGGUGGAGGAGCCAGAGGAAUAAAAAUCUCAAACCAAAUUUUUCAAAAAAUGCUUACAAAUCUUUGCAAACUUCAUAAGCUUUUCAGUCUCCCCCAAAAUCCUGUUAAGUAGGGCAGGUAUUAUCUGCUCUAUUUUUAUGUAAGAAGAUACUGAAACAGAAAGAUUAAAUGACCUGCCCAAGUUCAUAAAAUAAAUGAAUGGUGUAACAGUGAUGAAGACCCUGAUGUCCUGAUUACUGCCAGCUAGCUCAGUGCUCUUGACACUGAACCACAUUGCUUUUCCUCUUUUUCUCUUGGCAUAGAGCCUAUAGGCCCAGAAGUUGUGUGUGCACAUAACCAAAUAGGGAAUGCACAAGCAACUGCAGCAUUAUCUCAGACAGUUAUUAAUACAUCAUCAUUAUUCCUGGAGCUGAGCAUUUGGUUUCCAUAUUCACUCAGUCCUUGACCUGUCUAUUGAGUUUAUCUGCAACUGGGAGAAUAGGGUCAGUGAGUCUUUUAAUGAUGUGAACACCUGUUGCUAGGAACUCAAGGAAGCUUGUGUGGCAUGGACGCUUAAUACUAGCCAUCAGAAUCAUGCCCUAGUUUGUACUUCUGUUACUUUUUAAAAUGAGAGUUCAAGAGUUCUGCUCUGUAAAAUUAUCCUACAGACCGGUAUAAAAAAAAUUAAAAAGUGUGCUAACACUUGUUUCAUCUCCAUUUAAAGAAAUGUUUGUUACUUGAGCUAAUUCCAAAGACAGCAAUUUGGGAGCAGGAAUAAGAGGACACAAAUCAGGAAUUGUAGGAAACUUGAGAAUUCUGUAGAGUGUAUAUAAACCAAGAAGGAGGAUAAAGCCUAUCCAUUUAGGAGAUAUUAUUUAAAUUCAUAAUUACUGGUUUAGAUAUCUAAUGAAUCCUUAUUAUAAGUUUUAUCUAUAUUUAGAAAAUAACAUGAGAUUACUAAGCAGCAGAUUUUUUUUUAAAGCUUCGUUCUUCCUCAGUAAGAAGACUACACAGAUCUAGGCACUGUUUUUCUUCUUGGACCAGUACUCUUGAUGCUGCUUAAAUAAGAUUGUUGCCAUAAUUAAUUAUGAUAUUAGAUGAAUGUAUAUUUAAAUUUAAUAACACCAGCUAAAUAUUAAAACUGGUGUUUAAGACAGAUGACCUGCCAGGUGCAGCGGCUCACGCCAGUUAAUUGAGCACUUUGGGAACAUGAGGUGGGCAGAUCUUCUGAGCCCAGGAGUUUGAGACCAACCUGGGCAACAUGGUGAAACCCCAUCUCUACAAAAACUACAAAACUUAGCCGGGCAUGGUGGUGCGUGCCCGUAGUCCCAGCUACUCGGAAGGCUGAGGUGGGAAGAUUACUUGAGCCCAGGAGGUCGAGGCUGCAGUGAGCCAUGAUUGCACCACUGCACUCCAGCCUGGGUGACAGAAUGAGACCCUGUCUCAAAUUUAAAAAAUAAAUAAAGAAAAGAGAAAUGACCUAAACUAAUUAAUAAAAUAAUUAGCCAAGAUAAUAUACUUUAUUGUAAACAGGAAGCCCACAAACACAAUUUUUUUCUGCUCUCUAAUUAUGUGGAAUCAAUUGCAGAGACAACCUUGAGACAGACUGGUGAGUGCACUAACAAUUUUCUUGGAGAUGGGAACGUUGGUAGGUAUAAAAGGAAGAAGUUUCAUCUCUGACUUAGGAUUUCAACAUAUCUUAGAUUGCUCUGUACUUUCCUUUUCCUGAAUGUCAUCUAUUGUGAAUAUCAUCUACUUUCUUUAAUUUGCUUUUACUUUGAAUGGAGAAUUCAAUUGAGAGACAAUAUAAAAUGUAAAAAGUUAUAUAAAUUACAAAUUAGGAUAAGUUAAAGUUCUUGAAAUAAAAUUAUUUUGCUUAUGUUAAGCAUAGGUAGCAUUUUGAACUUUUAUUUUUGAAAAGCACCCUCUGUAGGUUACCUGAGGUUGCUGUGGGUUCUUUUUUUUUCUGACUUGAAUAUAUUUUUAUAGAGAGCCUUAACGUUAUUUUAUUAUAGAUUUUUUAAAAUAAUGUUUUCUAUUCUGUUUUAUAGCACGCUAAAAAGAAAGAAUAAAACAACAACAGGAAAAAAGGAAAAUAUUUAAAUUGUGACAAAAACCCACUGGGUUCUCUUGGUUACAAACUCCUUCCCUUCUGGUGCUGCAAAAAUGAGUGGGAAAUCCCUGCUCUUAAAGGUCAUUCUCUUGGGUGAUGGUGGAGUUGGGAAAAGUUCGCUUAUGAACCGUUAUGUAACCAACAAAUUUGACUCCCAGGCUUUUCACACCAUAGGGGUAGAGUUCUUAAAUCGAGAUCUGGAGGUAGAUGGACGCUUUGUAACCCUCCAGAUCUGGGACACUGCAGGGCAGGAACGUUUCAAGAGCCUUAGAACACCCUUCUACAGGGGAGCAGACUGCUGCCUCUUGACCUUCAGCGUGGAUGAUCGGCAGAGCUUCGAGAAUCUUGGUAACUGGCAGAAAGAAUUUAUUUACUAUGCGGAUGUGAAGGACCCUGAGCAUUUCCCCUUUGUAGUUCUGGGUAACAAGGUAGACAAAGAGGAUAGGCAAGUGACUACUGAGGAGGCACAAGCCUGGUGCAUGGAGAAUGGGGAUUACCCUUAUUUAGAAACUAGUGCCAAAGAUGAUACUAAUGUGACAGUGGCCUUUGAAGAAGCUGUCAGGCAGGUGUUGGCUGUAGAGGAACAGCUGGAGCAUUGCAUGUUGGGUCACACCAUUGACUUGAACAGUGGCUCCAAAGCAGGAUCUUCGUGCUGUUAAAGAUAGGGAGCCUUUUAAAAAUGUGCCCCAAGUAGGUCAGUCAGUAGUGUAAGAAUAACUGUGCCCCUCUAAGAGUGCACACACAAAGAGGGUAAGAGACAAGGUUCUGACUGUGAAACAGAGCCUUUCAAAUUGAAGUGUAGAUCGAUUUAAAAAAUUAAAAAUUAAAAAAAAUAAAGCUCUAUCAAGCCAAGUGUAUUUUGCGUGAUUUCUGCUAUUUCCCCUUCUUGUGUGUCUCAGGACAUAUCAGAAAGUUUUAGUCCUGAGACAGUUAAAUAUUUUUUAAAUCACAGUUUAAACCUAGAACCCAGCUGCAUGAAGGAGUUAAAGAGCUACAACUAUUUCUUAAAGUGUUCCAUUAAUCAACUAACAAAUGUCACUAUGAGACUCUUGCCAAGCAGUUUCUGACAUUUCUGCCGAAGGGAAAAAAUCAGACUUUGAGCUGUAUUACAAUAAAAAUAAUAAUGCAAAUAAGGAUUCCUAGGCUUGAAUUAUAAAGAAAUUGUAAUGAUUAGGAGUGCAAAAGUAUAAUGAUAUACACUGGCUUGUUUAAAUUCUUAUGGAUGGUUUGCUCCCAUCUGAGCUUUUCAAAAAAUCCCAUCUCAAUAAGAGAUACUCUAAUGACACUGGCAAUUGAUUAUACUUCUUGUGUUUGAAGUCAUAGGAUACUAGUGAAUGGAUUAUGCUUAAAUAUGCCAACCACCUUUGCAAAUAAAUGGUUGGUCUGCUUUUACUUCCUAAGUCUACUUCUGCUGCAUAGAGAUGUUGCUUCUCUGACAACCUCUUACCAAUUUAGCAAUGCUGCUUAGUAUAUGAAUUUGGAUGCAGUGCUCUCUGCUCAUAAUUUAGAUGGUCCUUCGAUCCAACAUGCUGGGCUCAUGGAGAAGGCUUCAGAAAAGAUUGGGGGAUAAUGAACUUUUCUCACAAGACUCCUGAACUCAAAUAUUUAUUGUAGAAGAAGGAACUGGUUUCUUGUGUGUUGCACUGUAUGUUCAACUAGCCUAAUUAGGACAUUGAAAGUGACAGAAGAGCAGAUCUUAACCCAGUAUUAGAAUGAAUUUCCCAUAAUCAGAGUGGCCCGACAUUGAAAGUGACAGAAGAGCAGAUUUUAACCCAGUGUUAGAAUGAAUUUCCCAUAAUCAGAGUUGUCCAACAGUGGAACGGACUGCCUUAAUAGUGAGCUCCCUGCCUCUGAAAAUAUUCACUGGAUGACCAUCUGUUAGAAUACCAUAAAAAGAUUUUCUGUACCGGCUACAUGUUCAAUAUAAAGUCCUUUCUGGCUCUAAGUUCUAUGAAUCUAUAAACUACAUCAGUGCCAUGCUGUGGUUAGAUUUAUCUGAUGAUAACAGCUAAGACUAUGGAGAGGGACUUUUAAAAUUCUCAAACCAUUCUGUGGUCAAUCCUUAACAGCAACUACAUAGCUUUUCCUUUUGCUUUUGCACUGUGGCAGGAAAAAUUCUUGAGCUCUGAGUAAUCGUUAUGUGACUCAUAAAAAACAUCUUAAAGCUCCCAUGUUAAAAUAUAAAAAUGGUUUGACAAUUUUUGAUUACCAUGACUGUCAGUUAUAUACUAUAUUAUGAAUAUGCAGUGUGGUUCUUGUUGGUUGAUCUGUUUAUCCUGCAUAGAUUUUAAUCUGUAUUUUAAAACAUCUAUGAUAAAAAUAGUGACAGACAGAAACUACCCCAAAAAGAGACCUAGGCCAGGAAGAGGGUGGGAGCUUUCAUAGGAAUACAGCCUAGAACUCUCCAUUGUAGCCACGUAUGGAAUCCGCCUUACUUACAUGUAGGACCUUUGUGCUUUAAGAGCUCUGGGACAUAUUGGCCAAAUAGAAAAGAAGAGGACAGUAUUUCAACUCAGUCAUACUCAAUAUUUCCAAUUAAGAUAUAACCCUGACACCAUUGUUCAAUUAACUUUGAUGCCAGAAGUCAAAGCCAGAACUGGGACCCCACAGCUCUUAAGUACUGGUCCCUAGCCUGCCUAUGCCUAUAGCCAGCCACACUGGUUUCCAAGUUCUAUGAUCAUUUUGCUACAAUCAUGUUAGGGUGAAAAUCUGUACAUCAGAACUGUUAAAAUGCUAAUUAUUUUUAAGUGCAUGAGACCUGGGGCCUUCUCUUUCUACUUGCACUCUGCUUAUACUAGUUUCUAUUUGUAGAUCUCAGGCCUUCAUCAUAAAGACCUCCAUCAACUCACAAAAGUACUUGUCUCUAUUAGAGUGGCAUGUGGUCAUUUGAGUAAAAAAAAAAAAUUACAUGGGUAUUGGAUUCAUAGGCAUCCUGUCCAUCUAAGACAAGUGUUAAUAUUAUUGGCCCAUCAACUGGAGCCCCUUUCCUCUUAGCCAUACCAUUGUUUUCUACCAAAUUACCACUCAAUAUCUUAAUAAAAGCACUCAACAUUAAGUGACAUAAACAGUGGCAUUUGGGUAAGCAACACUCAGUGGGGUGCUGACAUAUAGUUUGGGUAAGAUUAAAAAACACCAAAGGCUGAAAUCUGUGAGUACCAAGAACUGUGCAUAUAGGUUUAGAAAUUGACUGUGUACCCUAGAAUGUGCAGUGUAAUAUUUUCAAUAGGUGUUUUUUUAAAGAACACUAGAUUUUUGGAAUAAUAUAUUUCUAAUUAGGACUAUAUUGUUUUUCAAUGGUCUGUUAAAACAUCAUACAUAAUAUUUAUUUAGUUUAUUGUCAUGUAUUGGCUAACUUUCAGGGGCCUCAGAUUCCAUAUGUCUUCAGUGGAUUGAUGAAUAUCAGGUUAAUUUGUGCCUGCCCCAGCCAUCUCUACUUUAUUCUGAGGUAUUCCACAAUCCUCUUGUUGCAGGUGCUGCUAAAAAAAAUCUCAACAUUGUGUAUCAAAUAUUUUCUUUCAACUGUAAAAAAUCAUCUGUGUUAAAGUGAAUAAAAAGUGCAUUUUGAAUAACCAGCACACAA